AAACCUCCUUAUCUUAUUCUCUUCCCACCAAUCACUCCCUCAACUUGAACACUAACCAAAACUGUUUCUCUUUCUUUGCUCUCAAGUUUCGUCUCCAUUUGUCUAAGGGAAGAAACACAAAAGGCAGAGAGAGCUUCCUUUCUUUUGUAAGUUCCUCUGAUUUUCAAGAUGAAGAUACAGUGUGAUGUAUGUGAGAAAGCUCCUGCUACACUGAUAUGUUGUGCCGAUGAGGCUGCUUUGUGCGCUAGUUGCGACGUUGAGGUUCACGCAGCCAAUAAGCUCGCUAGCAAACACCAGCGCCUCUUUCUUGAUUCUCUCUCCACCAAGUUCCCUCCAUGCGACAUCUGCCUUGAGAAGGCAGCUUUCAUAUUCUGUGUUGAGGAUAGAGCUCUUCUCUGUAGAGACUGCGAUGAGGCCACCCAUGCGCCUAACACUCGCUCUGCUAAUCACCAGAGGUUCUUGGCUACUGGAAUCCGAGUCGCUCUGAGUUCCACUAGUUGCAGUCAAGAAGUGGAGAUGAAUCAUUUCGACCCACCUAACCAGCAGAUACUCUCUAAACCAACAAUUCAACAGUCUGCUGCUCCAUCUCCUCCAUGGGCUGGCGAUGAGUUCUUCCGUUAUUCUGAUCUUGAGUGCAGUAAUAAGAAAGAGCCGCUUGAUCUUGGUGAGCUGGACUGGCUGGCAGAGAUGGGUUUCUUUGGGGACCAGCCUGAUCAAGAAGCUCUACCGGCAGCUGAAGUUCCUGAGCUCUCGGUUUCACAUUUGCCUCAUGUUCAUUCCUACAAUAGACCCAUGAAGUCCAAUGUUUCCAACAAGAAGCCCAGGCUUGAGAUUCGGUAUGAUGAUGAUGAUGAUGAUGAUGAACAGCACUUCCUUGUCCCUGACAUAGGCUAAAGUCUUGAUGAAACUAGAUAAUAUAUAGCAUUUGCUUCGCAUAUGUACCUACACACACUCAUCUUUUGCCUUUGCCUUGCUUUCUCUGUGAUCUGAUUCAAACCAGUAAUAUAUGUAUCGGCAUGUUAGUCUUAAACUUUGAAAAAACUGUUCUUAUUAUUAGCAAGGGAUGCCUUGAACUUAAA